AUGCCCUGCUGCGUGCCCAGAUGCGUUCCGGCCGGCGAUUCCGCCGGGUUGGUCCGCUUUCCGGGCGCCGACCUGCUGCGGGACCGCUGGAAGCAGGCCAUCGAAGCGGGCACGGGGGUUGGUUUGGGGGAUCCUCCUCCGGACGGGUCGCUGCGGUUGGAGGUUUGUUUGGAACACUUUGCCAAGCCGGAGGAUGUUCGAGAGUACCGGGAACCGGCGCGGUUUGUUGAUGAAAACGGUCUUCCAAUCGAGUUGGCCAGCUGUCGGCUGUGCCUCCAGUUCCAACUCAAAUCCGACAUGGUACCCUCGUUGGGACAACUGACCUCGCUAGAAAAUUUGUCCACUAUCCUUCAACAAACAGCUAAAAUCAAACAGAGCUCGUCUGACAUUCCGAACAUGAUUUGCACCGAAUGCCUCGUCAAGGUGGACCUAAUUCACGCACUUCAAAGCCAAUUUGCGACCCAAGAUGCGCUUUACCGGUCAUUGCAGAGUGCGGGAGCAACGUGCCAACUGCAAGUCGUGGAAGCGACCGUGCAGGAUGAGUACGGCGAGCAAAAGUUGGAACCGCUCGAGGAGGACGAUUGGGAGGUUGAUUUUGACGCUGACGACGGUUCGAACUAUUCAAAGGAAAUGUAUCAGGAAGAUAGAGGGAGGAAAAGAAAGCGUUCGAAGAAGGGCGUCAAGAUGAGCUCUUUGAUCGCGCGAAAGUGCUACUUGUGCAAGGCGGCUCCGUUUGCCAACCCAGGCGAUUUGAUGAACCAUUUGAGCAAGGAGCACGCUUCAGAGAGCGAUUUAAGCUGUACGGAGUGUAACGACGGGAAAAAGUUCGAAACCAUCCAGCGCUUUAACCGGCACAUGAGUCAUCACGACGGCGAGGACCGUCCGCUCCGGUGCGGCUUCUGCCCGAUGCGGUACUGCAACGAGCACGGUGUGCACGCGCACGAGAAUCGAGAGCACGGAACGCGGCACGAGGUCACAGUGGUGCUGCAUCGUCCCACGGCUUGUGAGGAGUGCGGAAAAAUGUUUGCUUCGACGUCGAACAAGAAACGCCACUGGAAGGAAGCCCACGGUCGGAGCUCGAAGUUUGAGUGCGAGUUUUGCGAGGCGGAACUAACCUCGAGCCAGUCGUUGCACUCGCACGUGCUGGGGCAUUCGAAGCCGGUUGGGCACAAGUGUGAAAUCUGCGAGAUGUGGUUCCGAUCGGAAGCCGUGCUGCAGAAUCAUUUGGAGAAGAUUCACGAGAGCGCAAACUAUCUGGAUUGUGCGCCAUGCAAGCAACAGUUCGAGAGUGAAGAAGCGUUCAUCGAUCACUUGCAACAGAAGCAUCGACAGUGCGAAACGUACGAGUACUCGUGCAAUCUCUGCCUGGAAGUUCCUCAGAGCGCGCAAGAGCUGGAACAGCACAUUGAUCAGACUCAUAAAGAGUCGCAAUAUCCAUCGGUACGCUGCGUCAAAUGUACAAGAGAGUUCCGAUCCCAGCUUUUGCUGUACCGUCACCGCAAGCAAAAGUGCUCCAAGCGUUCGCUCCAGCUACGCUGCGAACCAUGCGAUCGUGAGUUCGCCACCCAAAAACACCUCAAAGAUCACGUUGCCGCAACCCAUCUGCACCAGAAACUCUACCCGUGUGACGAGUGUGGCAAGGAGUUCGGCUGGCAGAGCAACCUGGACAGCCACCGUCGCAGCGUCCACAACGAGGAGCGACCCUUCGUCUGCCAGCAGUGCGGAACGAGCUUCAAGGUCAGCAACAGUCUCUGCCGGCAUCGAAAGCGCUGCCACAUCAUGCGCCAGAAGGCACUGCUCAAGGCGAACCCCGAGCUGCGCGAGCCACGCCCCCUGCACGACUGCGACCUGUGCGACAAAACGUUCGCCACCAAGUCCACGCGGGACAACCACCGGCGGAGCAUCCACACCGGGGAGCGGUCCUACCUGUGCCAGCACUGCGGGAUGAGCUUCAAGGCGAGCUCGGUGCACUCGCGCCACCGGAAGCGCUGUCUGCUGCGGCAGGAAGCUCGGGCGGCGGCAACGGCACAGCGGGAAGCCAUUCGCGAGGCCCGGAAGCCGUUUGCGUGCGGGUUGUGCGGGAAGACGUUCCGGACGGAGCAGGUGCUGCAGAAGCAUGGCCGGAACCACCACUCGGGGGAGAAGAAGCGGAAAAGGGCGAAGAAGGCGAUGGAGAAGGAGAAGAAACCGAGGAGAAAGAAGGGGAAGGCUGGUGGGGACGCUGCUUCCGCAGUGGUCAAGGUGGAAACGGAACGCGAGGUGAAGGAGGAAAUGGUAGAAGAAAGUUGA